UCUGGAACAAAACUCAAAUUUGAAAACAGAACUUUUAAUAUUCUAAAACGACAUGAAAUUAUACUGCGCAUAACCUCGCAAACACUUUUUUCUCUGCAACCAACAACUUCUUGAAGUAGUUUGUUCAUUUGUUUUACAUGAGUAAAGACUUUUUCUAUCUGUUUCGUUAUGUAUGUAACGACCUAUUCCGUCUUGCAUUCCUUUUGAUUACUAUCUUUCACCGACUACUCGCUUGGUUUUUUCUUCUCUUCGCUGCAAUCGGCUCCUCGUUCUACCAUCAGAAUUACUGGACGGCGGACUAGAAGUAUGGCGAAAAAAGUCACCACAUCUUCAUAAAUAUAAAAUAGGCUUGCCAAGGAAGAAAAUAUGAAAACAGUAAACAGAGUAAAUCCAGGAGCGUUUGAGGAAGCCAUUACGAAUAAAAAUGGGAGCAAGAGAAGAAUAUUGAGUACCUACCAGAGAAGAGGAAAAAGUAGGCGAGCUGACGUUACAAGAGCUAAGCCUGACGAGGACAUAAGAUUUCUAGAUACCUUGGGCGCUAUCGAACAACAGACGGAAAUCUCGAGUCAUAGGACUCAAAUUGGAAGGAUGAAUUAAAGGAAGACCGGAAUCCUACGCAUGGGGUGAUUUUCAAAUCAAUGCUCAAGAAAAGAAAUUGGAUUUCGCAGAGAUAAGGAUGUCAAGGUGGAAUAUGGGAGAGAAGAAGAGGCAUAUGGUUACAAACAAGUAGUUCAGAGAGCAUAUAGGAACUGUGGAGCCGUAGACGAAAGGUCAGGAAAGAAGAUUUGAAUGGUAUGGGUAUAUGUGAAGGAGAGAUGAAGGUCUAAAAGAAAAUCGAUAAAUUGGAUAGAGGAGAAUUUGAGUGAAACACAUUUCAUGCAUGAGAAUACGAGAUGAGGUAGAGGAAAAAAUCGAGAAAUAGCGAUCCCUAUGUGUUAGAGAUAAGCUAAAGAUAAAGAAAAAGGAGCAGAUGAAUUAUGUGGGAGCAGAUGAAUUAUGUGGGAGCAGAUUUAUAGUGCUACAGCACAAGUGUGCCAUUAAAGUCGGGUCACAAAAUAUGUACGUCACGCCGGAGAUGGCACAAAAUAAGCACCAAAUUUAGAUACAUCUGCGACAAGGAAGCGCCCAUUAUUGACUGUUUACAUAAAUGACCUCUGAUAUGCAACAGUCCUUGACAUUUGAUCCUACGAUUGUCGGAGAUCUAUACAUACGAAGCUGAUAUACAAAUGUUGCCCAAAUAACAUGAUUGUAACGGUUCCUAGCAAUCUAAAUUUACCGAUGAACCUCAAAGCAACAUUCAAUAUUACCUCAACGUGUAAUAUUAGUUAAGAUUCCCAACAUAAUUAGUCAAUAACAAUGUCGGCAGUUUCCAGCCAUCAGAUUGAAGAGAAGAUAUUACCAAUUGUUAAGAGCUUUCUAAAUAGCAAUGGAGAGCGGCAUAAGAUAGAUAUUUCUCCCGCUUCCCAACCUGGAGAGAAUUACCUGGGUCUUAUAUAUACCGUCACAAUCACAGACAAAAAAGACGAGAAACUACAUUUGAUCAUAAAAUUGGCGCCUUUCCAAGAACAUUACCGAAACAUCUUCCCCAUCAAGGAGGUUUACAACCGGGAAAUAUUUUUCUACCAAAAUGUCUCAACUGAGCUUGUAAGGAUACAAGAAGAAAUGGGAAUCAGCGACGUUUUUCAACCCUUCCCAAAGCUCUACUUAACAAGGACGCAAGAUAGAGGCGAAGCACUUGUAAUGGACAAUAUGAAGAAGAAGAGUUUCACCACCGUAAGCCAACGGGUCGAAGCAGAUUACCCACACGCCUUGUUAGUGAUGAGAGAUCUAGGAAAACUUCACGCUUUAUCGUACGCGAUCAAGGAUCACAAACCUGACACAUUCAAGUACUUUGAGCAAAACCUGCAAGAAUCGUUUUACAAUAGCAGUUUCUUGGAAUCAGUCAUUGAGAUGAUCGUACCGUUAGGAAACAAGGUGCUAAAGUCAUACGAUGCGGAAAAAGAGAGUCUUCACUUUGAAAGCUUAAAGGGUUCACUGGAAAAGGCGGCCGACACCUUAAGAAGCCUGCUAGAGGUUGGGGAAUACUGCGUGAUUAACCAUGGAGAUGCCCAAACAAGAAACUUUCUGUUCAGAUACGGGGAUCCAACACACCCAUCUGAACCCACAGAAUUAUGCAUGCUCGACUGGCAAUUGGUACGCAUCGGUUCCCCAGCUCUGGAUAUACUUUUUUUUAUUUUUGUUUGUACCAAUCAAGAACUUAGAAGUAAGUAUUACACACGGUUAUUGGAGGAAUAUUACAGUAGCCUAUCCGAUGUAUUGCGCCGACUCGGAAGCGACCCCGCCAAAUUACUACCCUAUGAUGUGUUAAUGGAUCAUUUGAGAGAGUGCGCCCCUUACGGUUUGAUUAUGGCGGUAUUGCUGAUAGCAAUGAACAUGAAAGAAAGUAAAAAUGUUCCCGAUUUGUACAACUGGACCGCUGAUCAGGCGAUUGUUGAGGAGUUUGCUGUCGUUCCCAGCGAUGAAUAUGUGACCAGAGUUCGUGAGGUGAUUUCGGAUUUUUUCAAGUAUGGAUAUAAGUUCUAA